AGUCUCUUGGCGGAAGUGAAGACGGCGAGGCUCCGGCGGCGAGUGUACUGGGGAAAGAAGGAAGGGCUGUUGGACCGAGGGAGGCAGCGAUGGCGGCGCUAGCGUCAGGGUCGGACUCGGAGGCGGACUCAGAGGCGCUCUCGGACGCCGAGCUGCAGGAGGCCUUCGCUCGGGGCGUGCUUAAGCCGGGGCUCAACGUGGAGCUCGAGGCGCCGAAACGCAAGCAGAAUGACGUGGCCGGCCUGGGUCAGUGUCUGGCGGAGUUCCGGAAGGACCUGGCGUGGCUGGAGCGGCUGGACGUGACCGUGGGGCCAGCGCCAGAGCUCGCGACGCCGCAGACGCCCGUGGAGCCUGGAGCCGUGGACCCCGAGGACGACUUCCGAAGGGAGAUGACCUUUUAUCGCCAGGCCCAGGCUGCCGUCCUGGCCGUGCUGCCCCGGCUCCACCAGCACCAGGUCCCCACCAAGAGGCCCCAGGACUACUUUGCAGAGAUGGCCAAGUCCGACCAGCAGAUGCAGAAGAUUCGACAGAAGCUGCAAAUGAAACAGGCCGCCAUGGAGAAGUCUGAGAAGGCCAAGCAGCUCCGGGCACUCAGGAAAUAUGGCAAGAAGGUCCAGAGAGAGGUUCUUCAGAAGAGGCAGCAGGAGAAGUCUAAGAUGAUGACAGCCAUCAAGAAAUACCAGAAAGGCUUCACUGACAAGCUGGACUUCCUUGAGGGAGAUGGACGGGCGCUUUCCCGUGGCGAGAAGGGUGCCAAAGGCCAGCAGAUGAAGAAGGGGCCCAGCGCCAAGCGGCGGUACAAAGACCAGAAGUUUGGGUUUGGCGGAAGGAAGAAAGGGUCCAAGAGGAACACCCGGGAGAGCUAUGAUGAUGUGUCCAGCUUCCGGGCCCGCACCGCCCAUGGCAAGGGCCCCCACAAGAUGGGCAAGAAGCUGUCCAAUAAGAGACCUGGAAAACGGGCAAGAGAGAAAAUGAAGAACCGAGCACGCUAAGCGCCCCCUUUUAUACAGAGGACUGGGAACGGAGAGAGGACGCAGGCUCGUGCCCCGGCCAUCCCUUGGCCACCCCUGUGGUGCUGAGGGGGUGGGGGGCCCGGGGGGAGGAGGGCGGGGCCGGGAAUGGGUGGGAGCAGCUUCAGAGGAUUGGGGCAUGGCCCAAGGACCGGGGAGCCCCUCUAGUCUGAACUCUGUCUGGCCUUUAUGCGCCAGAACUCCGCCAUGUACUUCGUGAUGUCCUUGUAGCUGCGGAAAAAAUUGAUCCUGGGGUCCCUGCGCUCGCUGGGGAUCUGGGGAAAGGACAAUACACAUGGCCGUGAGGGGGUGGGGUGGCUGUCCCCCUGCUGCCCUCUAUCCCCACCCACCCCAUCUAUUUGUAGCCCCUGUGGGGUCAGUGCCAGCCCCUUUCCAAGGGCUCUGUAAAUAAAUGACUGCCGGGAGCAUUC